CCUUCAAUCAUUGAGUAGCAGCAGUGACUCGACAUCCUUCAACAGAAGAGUUUAGCAGAUACAUAUCUUGUGCAUGUUUACUUCACUAGAGCUGUUGUAACGGUCCUGCAGCAAAGUGCAUGGUAACACCAAUGAAAAUGCACCAGUCGGUGUUACUGCUGGCCGUGCUUGGCCUAGUCCUCUCAUACUCUGUGACUGAAACAAAGGAGGUGCAAGAAUCAGCUGACCUAGUUUUCUUAAUUGAUGGAUCAAGGAAUUUGGGAAGGGGUGAAUUUCAAUUCAUACGUUCUUUCAUCGCAAAUUUCAUUGAAGAUCUCAAUAUUGGCCCUGAUGCCAUCCAAGUUGGCAUGGUGCAAUACAGUAAGACCCCCAGUACCGUGUUCUAUUUAAACACAUAUACUACAAAAACAGAAGUCCUCAAAGCUGUUAAAAACAUCCGACAGAAAGGUGGAAACGAAGCCAACACUGGAAUGGCCCUUCAGUUUCUGGUUGACAAUCAUUUUAUUCCGUCGGCUGGGAGUAGGGCUGAUGAGGAGGUUCCUCAGGUAAUGGUCCUCCUGACUUCGAGACAGUCCAGUGACGAUGUCAGACGAGGGGUGUUUUCAAUAAAAAAGCGUGGCACCUUUACAUUUGUUCUUGGGAUUACAGACACUGAUGCAGCCGAAGCCAAACUGAUAGCGACUGACCCUUCAUUUUCUAUGUUCAUUCCUGAUCUCCACCAAAUGGCUAGCACACAGCAACAGCUAAUGUCACUGUUUUCUUUAGUGGCUACCAAACAAUUGAUUAUAAAGGUGGAAGAACCUAAGGUUGAAGUUCAAAUCCCCAAGAGGGACAUCGUAUUUCUGAUCGAUGGCAGCUCCAGUUUGGGACAUGCCAACUUUCUAAAAAUAUGCAAAUUUAUCUCCAGUAUAACUGAAAACUUUGUCAUCGGACCAGAUUCUGUUCAAGUUGCAGUGGCGCAGUACAGUGAUGCUGCAACAACUGAAUUUCACUUAAAUACCCACACAACACAAUCCGCUUUACAAACUGCUCUGAAAAAUCUCAGGUUGAGGGGUGGUUGGACACUUAACACUGGCGCAGCUCUCGACUACAUUUAUCGAAGCCAUUUCGCCACAGCUGCAGGAAGUAGGAAAGAAGACGGUGUUCCCCAGUUUGUGGUGCUCAUUACUGGGGCAAAAUCGAAUGAUGAUGUGAAACAACCUGCAGAUAUUCUGAAGCGUUCUGCCAUAAUGGCCUUUGCCCUAGGAGACAGGAAUGCAGAUCUAGCAGAGCUAAAUGAGAUUGCAAUUGAUCCCAGUCUAGUUUUCAACAUUGCUGAAUUUGAUUCUCUACCAGAUAUACACCAACAAGUACUGACACAGCUGUCAACAUUGGCUGGUGUAACUGUAGUUUACGAGCAACCAACUGCGUCGGUUAAAAAAGAAAUGGACAAGAGAGAUAUUGUAUUCCUUAUUGAUGGAUCAUAUAAUACUGGAAGAAGGAAUUUUGCUGACAUCCGGGACUUUAUUGCAACAAUUAUUACGGCAUUUGACAUUGGAAAUGAUCGAGUGCAAGUAGGCUUGGCACAGUACAGUGAUGCUGCAAAUUCGGAGUUCUUUCUAAACACUUAUUCAUCAAAAAAUGAACUUCUCUCUCAUGUAAGAGAGCUCAGGCAGAGAGGUGGCAGAACUCGCAAGACUGGAGAAGCACUGAACUAUGUACUUAAAUAUCUUUUUACCAAAUAUUCAGGCAGUAGACAUGAGGAAGGUGUUCCCCAGUUUCUGGUACUUAUUACUUCUGGAAAAUUGACUAAUGGCGUGAGGCAGCCAUCUGAUGCCUUGUUGCAAGCCGGUGUUAUAACAUUAGUCAUUGGAGCAGAGAAUAUGAUAAAACAGCUACAGGAGGUUAGUUCCGACCCCAGUUUAGCUUUUGGUGUGAAAGAGUUCCGUUUUCUUCCAGAGAUACAACAUAAAGUACUAUUACCUUUGUCAACACUGACUGGCAUGAGGAAGGCUUCUGAACCACCAACAGCUCAAACCAUCAAAGAAGCAGACAAAAAAGAUAUUGUGUUCUUAAUUGAUGGAUCUUUUCAUGUUGGAGACACAAAUUUGCCAGCUAUUCGUGACUUCAUCUCAAGAAUAAUCGAGACCCUUGAUAUUGGCAGUGAUCGUGUGCGAGUAGGUUUAGUACAGUACAGUGAUGUUGCAGAACCUCUGUUCCUUCUAAAUACUUAUUCAUCAAAAGAUGAAAUUCUCUCUGAGAUAGACAGACUCACACUGAGAGGUGGCACUGUGCUUAACACCGGAGCAGCAUUGGAUUAUGUCCACAAGUAUAUUUUUACCAAAUAUUCAGGAAGCAGGAAACAGGAAGGUGUUCCUCAGUUCCUGAUACUUGUCACUGGUGGAAGAUCGAGAGAUGACAUCAAAAGACCAGCAGAUGCCCUGCUUCGAUCUGGUGUGAUGACUAUAGUCGUUGGAGCUGAGAAUGCCAUAGACCAGCAGCUACAACAAAUUGCUUUGGACCACAGCUUGGUUUAUACAGUGGAUGAAUUUCCUUCUCUUCCAAAGAUCCACCAGGAAGUGCUGUUACCACUGUCAACUCUAGCUGGUGUGAAGAUAAUUUCUGAAUUACCGACAAUGAAGAGUGUCAAAGAUAUGACUGAUAACCAGGAACGGGACAUUGUGUUCUUGAUUGACGGCUCAACUAAAGCUGGUUCAUCAUUUCGUUCAGUGCGCGAAUUUCUCAAAGGCUUAAUUGAACAGCUGAAUGUUGGGUUGAACAGGAAUCGCGUUGCAGUAGUACAGUACAGCAAGGGCCCAAAAGUUGAAUUUCUUUUGAACACCUAUUCGAAUAAAGAUGACGUUCUGGAUGCAGUGGGCAAGCUGAAACCUAUGGGCGGAAGGAUGCUGAAUACUGGGGCUGCAUUGAACUAUAUCAUCAGGAAUGUCUUCACAACAGCAGCAGGGAGUCGGCGAGACGCUAAUGUGCCGCAGCUUCUGGUGCUUCUCAUUUCUGGAAAGUCAAGUGACAAUAUUAAAGAGGCAGCAGGGGCAUUAAAAAGAGCCGCUAUAGUGGCAUUUGUUAUUGGGGCCAUGGAUGCAGAUGGCAAAGAAACACACGAGAUCGCAUAUUCCUCUAAUUUACUGUUCGCUGUUCACGACUUCCAGUCUCUUCCAGAUAUACAGAACGAGCUGCUACAGCCCCUAAAAACACUGAUCGUUGAAGUUAUUAAAAUGCCAUCCACUGUCACCGAAGGUAACAAGAGAGAUAUUGUGUUCCUAGUCGAUGGCUCUUACAAUGUGGGAACUUUCUUUUAUUUAAUUCGGGACCUGAUUAUCAACUUAAUUCCUAACUUUAAUGUUGCAAAAGACAAAGAUCAAAUUUCAGUGGUACAAUACAGUGAAGAUGCAAGGAUUGAGUUUCCAUUAAAUGCUUACACAAACAAAGAACUGGUUUUGGCGAAAACCAGGGAGCUUCGGCUUAAAGGCGGAAGAAGACUCAAGACAGGUUCUGCUCUAGACUUUGUCAGGAGGAAUGUCUUCAGUAGAUCUGGUGGGGGUAGGCACCAUUUAGGGAUUUCCCAAAUCCUAGUGCUCAUUACUUCUGGAAAGUCACUGGAUAAUGUGAAGCAGCCAACAGAGGAGCUGAAGCAGGCUGGUGUUGUGCCAUUCGUUAUUGGCAUUGGGAAUGUAGACAGACAAGAACUACAUCAAAUUGCAUAUUCACCCAGCCUGGUUUUUCAGGUAGAUGACUACUGGGGUCUUUCAGAUCUGGACUUGCACCUGUUCAGCAUUUCAAAGAAUGUAGACAGUGUCCCAAUACCACCUACUACCAGCACAGAUGGUGAUAAAAGAGAUAUCGUCUUCCUCCUCGACGGUUCUGCUAAAAUUGGAAAAGGAUUUCCAAACGUUCGCAAAUUUAUGAUGAGAAUGGUAGAUAAUUUUGAUGCUGGAGCAGAGAAAGUUCAAUUUGCUGCCGUACAGUUCAGUGAGAGCCCAAGAACUGAGUUCUAUCUAAAUACCCACUCAACCAAGAAGCAAGUUCUGGCUACGAUUAAGAAACUCAAGCUAAAACGUGGCAAAAAAAUCAACAUUGGCCGUGCAUUGGACCAUGUCAUUGAGAAUGUGUUCAUAAGCUCAGCAGGAAGCAGAAUGGACAAUGCUGUUCCACAGAUUCUAUUGCUUCUUACUUCAGGAAAGUCCCACGAUGAUAUUUCACAGCAGGCAAAGAAACUGAGGAAACUGGGAAUCGUGCUUUUUGCGAUUGGCUUGAGGGAUGCUGAUCAAUCAGUGCUAGAACCGAUGGCAUAUACUGCCAGCUUGGCUUUUCCUGUGAACAGCUUCCAAGGUUUGCUUAACAUUCAGGAUCAACUCCAGCAGAUAGUGAAAACGGUGGCAGUGCAAAUUGUUGAAACACCUGUCAAAGAUAACUAACUAACAUUGCAGACAGAUGGUGCCUGUGGAUUUAUUGCUUUGUAAUUUUCAAACUCUGAGCUCUUCUUGUAACUCCAGCAAUAGAAAAAGUUUCAGGAGUACGGAAUUAAUUAAUGAUUCAAACAGGAAAUCAAGCAACAGGAUUAUCUUUACUUUUAGCCACCACUUUGAUAACUCUGAGUGACUGCUGUAGUUAUUGUAAAACUAUGUCAUGAUUUGCAGUUUAUCUUAAUCAAUUAUGUACACUUAUUAAAAACAUUGGUGUGCAUGACUUGCGUUGCAUGAUACAAAAUGGUUUCAAUAGGAACAUAAUGUAAGGAACUCAUAUUCUGUGCUACAAUUAAUCCCAUUCUGAGUGAUUAGGCAUUCUGCUUUUGUUCAUGUGUAUUAGUUAAUGAACAUUCUUGUUGGUUACUUAAAUACAAAAAGCAAAACACAAGCUACAAUGGGUGUCGGAAAGAAAACCUCUUAAAUAUAUAUGUGUGUGUGUAUUUAUUUCUUUCUCAGUGGUACUUCUUAUCUGAAGUAUAUUUGUUUGAAAAGGGGUGCUGAUAUUAUUUAAAGAAUUAGCUCACUGGGGAUCUAAGGCUAACAGUGUCAAGGAACACAGUUGGAAUAAAUUGGCAUGCCCGCACCAUUUUCCUAUGGUCCCUGGGUUUAUAUCAAGCUCAGAUAGCUUUGUGCACAGUGGAAGUGACUCUACCUUUCGGCCAAAAGCCUGGAUUCAAGCCCCAUCAAUGUCAGAGGUGUAUCAUGGCAUGUUUGAAUAAGUUGAUUAAAAUAUCCAUAAAUUUCUUUGCUCUGCUGGCUGUGAGGUUGUGUCUGGGUGGGGUGCUCUUCAGAGGGUUGGUGUGGACGGGAUAGUUAAUCUUCUCCUAGUGAGGGGAUAGGUGGCGUGAGAAAUGGAAAUGGCACAUGACUGCAUUGGCAGGUGGGUUCCUGAAACUGGGGUAAAUUCACUUUGUCAGGACAGAAUAGAGGAAUUUGCCACUGUGCCUAUGAAAUGAGGAAGUAUUCCUCUUCCCAGAGUGAGCAACCCUUGAUAAAAUGAGCUCUGUCUUCUUGUUUUGUUUUACCCCAGGCACCCCAGUCCGAGAAACAAAAAACAUGAAUAAAGCAAGGAAAUUAAGAUGAUUAAUUGAAACUCCUGUAGGAGUUAAUUGCCAUGUUGUUUUGUUCCUCAUGUUGUGGUCAGACGUUCUUGUGUAAUUUCCUGCAGCAAUAUCACUCUUGUCCUGGUGAUUAGUCAUUAGCAGGGGAUGGCAUAGUCCCCGGUCCCCACCAGUCUGGGGCUGAAACACCACAAAUUCAAUGAUCAGAUCCUUAUUUAGCUGUGGUGGUCAAAAGGUGAAAUCCAACAAACCUGAGGUUCAGGCUACAAUUCGGAAUCCUGAUGGGUAAAAGCUAAAUCCAAAGUUUAUGGUUCCCAUUCUUAAGGAGAACGUGGGAAGCACACCAAUACUCUUUUUGAACUGAAACCCUGCAAACCCUGGAGCUGGCAGAUUUUGUUGGAUUUCCUGGAAGCUUGGAUUGAAGUAAGGCUGAGAUUUCUUGUGAGUGAGGGCCAUCAACCAUAAGACCACAGGAUGUAACUACAGAAUUAGGCCAUUCGGCCCAUCGAGUCUGCUUUGCCUUAGCAUCAUGGCUGAUAUUUUACAAUGAAAGUACCAGGAUUGAUAGUCCAUAGGAUUUAUGGUCCUUAACAAAUUUGCCUCUUAAAUGUUAUGUAGAUUGCUGACAACAAUGUCUAUUUAAAUGUUGUAUUUAAUAGAGUAAAAUAUCCCAAGAUUCUU